AUGGGGAAAGCCUUGGGUAAACUUUGGGUGUCUAGAAAAGUGACAGUUCUUAUAACAGGACCCACAGGGACAGGUAAAACAUCUAUUCUACACAAUCUCGACUUAGGAGAGAUCAAGGACAGGUUUACUGAUGAAACCUUCGGUAAUCUUGAAGCUCUGUCUGGAGACGGGAUACAGGCAGUCGCCUGGAACAUGUAUGGAUCACGCUGUCCAGGUGGGAUAUCUGGCUACUAUCGUAACAUAGAUGCUGUCAUCUAUGUGGUGAAUGAUCGUGGACCACAAGACAAUUACAUAGCGAUUGCCAAACUCGGAUUCCAUUACUUCAAUCAAAUGGGUUGCACUAACGCUGUUAUAGCAGUGCUUGUGAAUCAAAGAAACACAGGAGAAGGGACACCGUUGACUUUAAAGGAGAUUCAUUCCGGCCUGGACUUGGAUCAGUGUUCCAAUAUAUAUAAGCUAUUUCCAGUGGUAGCUACAACAGGUGAAGGACUGGACGAUGUACAGGACUGGCUCUCAAGUGAGCUGGGCAAGAAGUUCACACGCCAAUCCUUUUUUGGGCCAGGUGACCAACAUGUAAAAAAGAAGGAGAAGACACCAUUUCACAGUCGGCUCCUCUACUCGUUUAAAGGCUUGUUUUCUAGGAUUUAA